AAUCUAGGACAGGGUUCCUCCUCAACGAAGUCAGUCCGUUGUUUGUAAAUGGUACCGAGUGUCGUUUCAAUUAUCUUGAAAAUAGCAAAAACUAAAUCCUAAGGGUGAUAUACAGUUUGCUGAACAUAUAAGCAUCCGGACACUGGGCCUGCUCUAACUUUUGCUGUGAAUGCGAAUAAUGGAAAAUUGAUUACAAUCAAAAAAAGGGUUAAUUUCGCAUUCCAUCAUGAACAACAGGAGCAAGGGAAGGGGCCGGCCUGGCCCGGAUGCUAUCAACAUCAAGCAUAUCGUUUAUGAACUGGAGAAGGCUUUAAAUGUAGAAGAAAAGUAUAUGACAAAUUUAUUUGUCGCUGACCAAAAUUCCGGAGAAGAUGCCUUACUAGCUAGGGAUGCUGCAGCUCGCAAGCUCAGGUUCCUUAAGACUUGGUUCGACUUGUCGAGCCAAGUAUUUCUCACCGCCAUCAAUCUUUUAGACCGUUUUUUGACCAAAAUGAAGGUUAAACCGUCGCAUCUGGGCUGUGUUUCGAUAAGUUGCUUGUAUGUAGCCUCCGAGUUGCACAAGUGUCAAAUAAACCCUUCACAAUUAGUGUCCAUAUCGCAAACAAAAUGCAGGGUAUCAGAUCUAGAUCGGAUGAGCGACAUCAUCAGAGAAAAAUUGGGCUUAGAGAGAGGGGACGCACCAAUCACUGCCUUCAAUUAUCUAAAUCAUUAUUUAAAAGUAUUAGAAUGCGCCGCCAAGCAGCUUAAGGUCAAAUCCCAGUUCAGCACAAUACUGCAGAGGAAAAAUCUAUUAACUCGUUUAGAAGUAGUUAUGUUAGAUUCAGAAUGCGCGUGCAUGAGGCCGAGUAUUAUUGCCCUCAGCAUGAUCCAAUCUCGAUUGGAGAAGUUCAUGUUUGCUGAGGUACCGUGCAAGCAAUACGUAUCCGUCGAAAUGUACAGAUUCCUAUCUGUGAUCAACGAACUCCAAAUCAUAAGCACGAUGCUUCCACAUGAAUAUGCCUUGCGUUACGGCAAAUUGAAGAAUGUUGUUCAGAAUUACGACAAUAACAUCCGUACUGCCCCUCCAUCUCGUCUGAAGUGGCGUCUAUCUCUACGACUUAACACCUUGAGGCCAUUGGUCAACUUCCGAACUAAUCUCUUCUUAAUUAGAGAAUAAGUCUCAAAAUAAAAGUAAAAAAAAAAGAUACAAACCGUGAUAAAAAA